AUGAUCUUCCACACAGGACCAACGAAGCCUGCCUGGGUGCUGCUCUGCUGUAUGGGAACCUUGCUGGCCACCUGCGGUCCAUCCUUUGGUGCACCUACGACAAACAGUGCACCUACAGCAGACAUGAUAAAAACUAUACUUAAAUACUUGAAACUUGAAUCUAAGGAACUGUAUGAAGACUAUAAAAACAGCUCGGGCGAGGUACCAAUAGACGAGUCCCUCCAGCUGCCAUGCUUCACCCUGGGCUGCGGAGCGUCCACCAACAUCUCCAUCAUCGAGGCCUACCUAGAGGAGGUCAGAAGGCUGAGCGAGAACAGAGUAGACACCUCCAGAGUCACAAAACGACUCAGCGAUAUCACGUGCCCCGACGCCAGGUGUUCCAAUUCAUCGAAACCGAGCGUCUCUGGGCCUGAUAAAUUCUAUGAGCGUAAAAGCUUCAAACUGACCGUUUUGAAACAGUUCUCAGACUGCAUGGAAAAACUGCAGGCUAAGGACAGGAUAUGCUGA